AUGAUUGUCGAUGAAAUUCGUCGUUGUAAUGAUACAAAUUUAUGUUGGUUAGCAUUAAAUGCAUUAACACAAUAUAAACCGGAAAAAUUUUCCAAAGAAAUUAUUGAUAUUCUUCGUUCAAUUUAUCAUGAACAAGCAGGAAGACCAAAAACAAAUUUACAAAUUCGACAACUUUGUGGUCAACUUUUACUUCGAACAGAUAUUUCAAUUGGUGAUCUUGUUAAUCUAAUUCUUUCAGCUCUUGAUAAAUCAAAUCAUCAAUUAGGUGUUUAUAUGUGGCGUUUAAUUUCUACAAUGGCUGAGCAUGACGAAUUACUUUUUCGAAAAAUAAAAUAUAUAUUUGAUGGUGGUUUAAUUGAUAUAACAUAUGAUAGUUUAGCUUAUAAAGGUCAAUCAGAUUUUUAUCGUCGACCAUUUCUACAAACAUUUGGUUUUGGUGUUUAUUAUACAAUAUCACAAUUAAUGAGUCGUCUUGGAGCUUUACGUGAAAGUGAUUUUGAUCUUCAUAUACAACAAUAUGAAAAGAAAGAUAAAUUUAAUUUAUUAUCUUUUGGUGUAAGUGCUUCAGGAUUGGAAGCUUAUGUUAGUGAUGAUGGAAAAGCAAGUGAUACACCAGAUGAAAAUCUUCAAGCUGAAUUAAGAAUUAAUCUAUUAAAUAUGCAAUUACGACCUGUCAUCUUAUUUAGUGGAGUUACAGGAUUUAUGUCUGCUGUUUGGAGUGCACCAUCGGAGCUUACAUCGGCAUUUAAAAGCAAUAUAAUGAUACAUGAUUUAUCUCGCUAUAUUCAUCUGCAUAAUGGUCUUGUUGUUCAUUAUGAAGCUCAAAGUGCCGCUUCACUUGAUUUAUCUGGUAUGGCAUCUAUAAGUUUAUGGAAUAAAAAUUCACAUUCAGUUAUUCAAGUCAGUUCGGGUCUUAGUGUACGUAGUCAUGUUGAUAUUUUAAAUGAUUUUGUUAUAACAGGCAUUAAUGUAACAAUAAGUACCGAUGUAGUUGUUGAUUAUAUAACUGAUGUUGAUUAUGCUGAUACACCAAUUAAUGUUUGUAUGCAAAUGAGUGUAAAACCCUCGAAAAUUUAUGAUAAUGUGGAAAACUUCUAUUCAUUAAAACGAACAAAAGCUUUUCGAUGGUUUGGUAGUCGUACACGUCAUCUUCUUGGUCAAGACUACACAUUUACACAAAAGAAUGAUGCCAUGUGUCGACAAAUUCAUAUGAUUAAAUAA